UGAAGGAAGAAAGAUGUUAACAGAACUUUCAGAAAACAUUAAGAAGCCUUCCGUUGCAUUCUUUGCACACAAUGUGGUAGAUUUGCAGCUUGAAAAGACAGACAAAAUCAUCAUAUUUACCACAGCAACGACCAAUGAAGGAUCAGGAUAUGACACUUCUACUGGAAUCUUCACAGCACCUGUCGGGGGAUUGUACCAAUUCAUUGUUAAUUUUUGUACAUACGUCAAGAAACAUUCACCUCUUGCGUUGGUGCAAUCAGGAAACGUGAUUGCUCGGUCGUCAAAUUAUGAUUCAACCGACCAUACUUGCAACUCUUUUUCUGCAGUUAUAAGAGUGAACUCGUCAGAAAAGAUAUGGGUUAAAUGUUUGUCUGGCACAUCCGUUUAUAAGUUACACAAAGACAGUUGGAAGAUGAACUCCUUCAGUGGAAUUCUUAUCAACAAAUAAAUCAUUUGUAACCAAUAUUAACAUAGCAAACUGUUUAAAUACAUACUUAUCUGAAUUGCCAAUUAAGCUUAAGAUACAUAAUAAAAAUCUAUGCUCACGACGAAUAGCUAAACAAAAUAUCUUGCAAUUUUAGAUUUCAAAGAGAAUGGUCCUCGAUAUUUCCUGUGAAUCAGUGAAUAAAAAUGUAGUUUCGCAUACAGAGCCGAUGAAUUUAUCUUCAACAUAUUUGAAUUACACGUCCUAUUAUAAUGUAGAUUUGUAUUAUCGCAUAAACCAUUUACAUUUACGCAACUUUUUUCUAAUAUAGUUACGAAACUUAAUAUUAGGUAAUUCAGAACAAUGACAAGAGAAUAAAAUUGUCUGAAAUCAAUAUCUGUAAUAAUGUUUAUUUUCAUUAACUUUGCAUAUCAGUAGUUAUAUUUAACACAAUAAUGAAUGAAAUAAUUUGAAAAAUUUAAGCUUAAACUAAAUUUUAGUUUUGAAAGGUGCAUUUAUUGGAAGAGCAAACUGUAGUAUAAAUAAUGACAGUAUUUUUAAAGGUUAGUUAAAAAAGAGUCACAUUAAAUUCAAGACAUUUACAAUGUAUAUGGUCUUUCAUAUAUCAUGAGGAUAAUUAUUCGUUUGACUGAAUAUUGGAUAUAUUUUCACAUAAUGUGAUAAAGUUUCAUAUAUUUUUACACUUAGAUGUAUGAUCAAUUGUGUUGAAGUAGAGAUUUUUUCAUAAGCUUUGCCAGGACAUGCUUUUGUAUAAUUUUUAUAUAUCACA